UAAUAAAGUUUUCUCACUUUAAUUUUGUUAUCGCAAACAAUAUGAUACGAGAAAAUCAAUUUUCAUUCAUCUUUAUAUGGUUUUUGAUCACACAUUCAGAUUGUCAACCGCAAAGUUUUGGAACAACUCGUUUCAAUUUAGAUGAUAUUUCACGAAACUGGACCAAAACUGAAAUUUUAGAGUUGCAAUAUAGAAACAUUGUGAAGUCAUUAAUUCCUAAAAAUAUUCCGGAACACGGUACUGUUAUCUUAGAAUAUUUUGAAUUAAUAAAGAAAAUCGCAGAAAAUAGUCUGACAACGCAAAAAAAUCCAGUUAUGUUGAUGGUUAUCGACGCAUUUGGAGGUUAUCUUCAUUCGAUAUACUUGGCAAACGCUAGAAAACUUUAUUACGAAGGACUGAUGACAUAUGGUACGGCGAAAAAAUUACAUGCUAUGCUCGAGAAAUUCAAAUAUAUUUUAGGCACAGAUGGCCGGGAAUGGAUGAGACCGGUGAAUGCAAGGGUGAAUAGUAAAAUGAGCGUCACACAUAUGAUCCCUUGUCCAACGGAUGACCCAUGUGCUAUGCUGAAAUUUAAUCCAGACGGUAGUCCAAUGAUACCUUUUUUCGAUGACAGAUCUGACCCACACACUAUAAUUAUCCCAUAUGCUAAGAGGAUAUUGUUUAACCUUCAGAGUGGAGAAUUCUAUGAUCAGUUAUAUAAUUAUUACUAUUUGACUCUACGAUGCAUUCAGACCCAAGCUAAUGAACAAAAAGAAAUGAUAGAUUAUAAAAAUAAUAUGCAUAAAUGGAUGGAAAAAGAAGUCGUUCCAUUGCUAAAGGACAAAGGCAAGUGGUAUCCGGGCUUAUGGGGAGUUCUGUGCGUUUUAAACUCUUUGAAUGAAAAUAAUUUGAAAAGAAUCGAGAUGGCGUCAAUUUUAAUGGGAAACAACGGUAAUGCAACUGAUUGUUUUUACAACUUAAACAAUAUUUCAUUUUUUUAUCAAUUAUCUCUAAUGAUAAUACUGAUCAUAAUAUUUUUGGUUAGUGUAUUAAGCGUCGUCAUAAACAAUAACGAACAUUUUUGGAUAUUUAUUGGAUCUAUGUUAUGUAUUCAAAAUGAUAUUAGUGAUAUUUAA